CUCCGGGCGCCCGCGCAUGCGCAUCGCGCCCCGCGCCAGCCAGCACCGAAUCCAGCGUGGUCCGGCCCCGGGGAGCGCACGUGGGAGCAUGAGGCCCGGUUUCAGCCCCCGUGGGGGACGCGGCGGGUUCGGGGACCGUGGAGGGGGACGCGGCGGGUUCGGGGACCGUGGAGGGGGACGCGGCGGGUUCGGGGACCGUGGAGGGGGACGCGGUGGCUUCCGGGGAGGCAGAGGUGGCAGUUUUGGCCGAGGAGGUGUUGGCGGCCGAGGAAGAGGAGGGCCUGGCCGGGGCGGCCGUGGUGGGGGGCGGGGUGGGGGCCGGGGGGGCUUCAGAGGGGGCAAGAAGGUGACAGUGGAGCCCCACAGGCACGAAGGGGUCUUCAUUUGCCGGGGCAAGGAAGAUGCACUCGUGACCAAGAACCUGGUGCCGGGCGAGUCAGUGUAUGGGGAGAAGAGGAUUGCGGUGGAGGAUGGCGAGGCCAAGGUGGAGUACCGGGCCUGGAACCCCUUCCGCUCCAAGCUGGCAGCCGCCAUCCUGGGGGGCAUCGACCAGAUCCACAUCAAGCCGGGCGUCCGUGUGCUGUACCUGGGCGCUGCCUCAGGCACCACCGUCUCCCAUGUCUCGGACAUUGUGGGCCCCGAAGGCCUGGUCUACGCUGUGGAGUUCUCCCACCGCUCCGGCCGUGACCUCAUCAACGUGGCCAAGAAACGCACCAACAUCAUCCCCGUCAUAGAGGAUGCCCGGCACCCCCACAAAUACCGCAUGCUGAUUGGCAUGGUGGAUGUGAUCUUUGCCGAUGUGGCGCAGCCUGACCAGUCCCGUAUUGUCGCCCUCAACGCGCACAACUUCCUGAAGAACGGCGGCCACUUUGUUAUCUCCAUCAAGGCCAACUGCAUUGACUCAACGGCGGCGCCCGAGGCCGUGUUUGCAGCCGAGGUGAAGAAGAUGCAGCAGGAGAACAUGAAACCACAAGAGCAGCUCACACUGGAGCCCUACGAGCGUGACCACGCUGUGGUGGUGGGCAUCUACCGGCCUCCCCCCAAGGCGAAGAAGUAGCACCUCCAUGGACCCCACCCUCCUCGCUGCCCCGCCACCGAGGCGCUAUCCAAGGAACCCAGGAGUUCGGGGGGGGCCCAGCCCCAGGGUGGUUUGGGUCCCCCCUUCCCCAAUUUUUAUUUUUUUUUGACAUUUCCAGAUGUAUUUUUAUUAAAAUAUGGGAAAUCA